CAGCAGUCGAUUCGAUCGAUCCAGAUGGGCGGGUUCAAGCGGCGGCGGCGGCGGUCCCCGGGCCGCCGGCUCCUCCCCGCGAGUGAGCCGGGCUGCCGCUCCCCGCGCUGAGGCAGUGCGGCGGCGGGCGCGCCGAGGCUGCCGCCCAGCGCUCCGGCUGCGGCCAUGCCCGGGUCCUAGUGCUCCUGCCGCAGCCCCGCAGCCCCGCAGCCCCGCAGCCCCGCAGCCCCGCAGCCCCGCGCCAGUCGCUGCCACUUCAAUGGGCAACCUGCUCGGCGGCGUCAGUUUCCGGGAGCCCGCCACGGUGGAGGACUGCGACUCCACCUGGCAGACGGACUCGGAGCCCGAGCCCGAGGAGCCGCGGCCGGGCAGCAGCGGCGAGGGCCCGGAGCAGCAGCCCGAGCAACCCGUGCGGUCCCCGGAACGCGCCUGCGGGCGGCCCCGCGCCUGCCCCGCGCCGGACGAGGACGCCGAGGCGGCGGGCGCCGAGCAGGGUGGUGAUUCCACUGAAGCAACUGCUAAACCAAAGAGAAGUUUUUAUGCUGCCAGGGAUUUGUACAAAUAUCGACACCAGUACCCACAGAACUUCAAAGAUAUCCGAUAUCAAAAUGACUUGAGCAAUCUUCGUUUUUAUAAGAAUAAAAUUCCAUUUAAGCCAGAUGGUGUUUACAUUGAAGAAGUUUUAAACAAAUGGAAAGGAGAUUAUGAAAAGCUGGAGCACAAUCACACUUACAUUCAGUGGCUUUUCCCCCUGAGAGAACAAGGCUUGAACUUUUAUGCUAAAGAGUUAACUACAUAUGAGAUUGAGGAAUUCAAGAAAACAAAGGAAGCAAUUAGAAGAUUCCUCCUGGCUUACAAAAUGAUGUUAGAAUUUUUUGGAAUAAAACUGAUUGAUAAAACUGGAAAUGUUGUUCGAGCUAUUAACUGGCAGGAAAGGUUUCAACAUCUGAAUGAGUCUCAGCAUAAUUACUUAAGAAUCACUCGUAUUCUUAAAAGCCUUGGUGAGCUUGGAUAUGAAAGUUUUAAGUCUCCUCUUGUAAAAUUCAUUCUUCAUGAAGCUCUUGUGGAAAAUACUAUUCCCAACAUUAAACAGAGCGCCCUGGAGUAUUUUGUUUAUACAAUUAGAGACAGAAGAGAAAGAAGAAAACUCCUUCGUUUUGCCCAGAAACAUUACACACCUUCAGAGAAUUUUAUCUGGGGACCGCCAAAGAAAGAACAGUCAGAGGGAAAUAAAGCCCAGAAAAUGCCUGCCCCUCUCUCCUCUGUUCACAGUCAGACUUCUAUGCACAAAAAAUCCAAGGACUCCAAAAAUUCCUCCUCAGCUGUUCAUGUAAAUAACAAAACAGCUGAAGAGAAGAAUGUGACACCUCAAGAGUCUGGAGAAGAAACAGACAAGCUCAGCACAGAGCCCAGCAGUGAAGCUGCCAGGCCAAGAAAUGCAGAGGACUGUGAUGUUGAAAAUUCAAAUUCUCAGCCAGAAAAUACAGUGAAUAAGCCAAUAGAGAAAAAGGAGAGUUCAUCUCCUUCUGAAAAAGAUGAAGAAAGUGAAAAUCAUGACAAAGACUAUGAAAAUCCUGAAAAUCCACGUUCCCAUGAUGGAUUAUAAAAAUUAUAGGGAAUUAUCAGAAAGCCUACAAACCAGCUUAGGUUAAGGAGGAAAAAUUUGUACUGUAUAAUUUAUCCUAAGUUACAUUUCAAAUUUUGGUCAUCUAUUUCCAAUUUACAUUGUAAGCAUUUGCUAUUUGUUUGUUUUUUAUUACAAUGAAUUUACUAGGAAAUUUUAAGGUAAGACCCAAUAAAUGAAUAUAUUCUUUAACAAUUUCAGGAUGUGAGUUUUCAAAUUCUGUCCACAAUAUUACUUCAACACUAUGUUGAAUCUGCCUAGAAAUAAUCAUGUAACAUUUGAUAGAUCAAGUAAAUUCUUUUGAAAGAAUAGUCUACAUGAAGAAAAUCAAGAGGAUGACUUUACAGUAUUGCCUCACUUUUGACUGAUUUAUGCAUCAGAUAUUUUUUAGGUUGGAAGAACAAAUUUUAUAUUCUCAAAUGAACUGAGAUUAUGUUUUUAUUACAAUACCUCAGCAUGUUUACUUUUAAAAAUGUUGACAAAUGAAAUGGAAUAUUUUUGAUGAGCUAUGUAUGACCUACCCAUACAAUUUGUUGGGACUGCUGUCUUUUACUUUUUUUCCUCAUUCUACACCAGCGCUCAGUCCGCUGCUGUCAUUAUUAAAUAACAUGCUGUCUUCCUAGUGUGCGUUCAAAUACGCACCUAUAUUGAUUUUUUUUUCACUAGAAGAAAACUUUCAAUGGUUUGGUUUCAAGAAUUUACUUUGUUUAAAAUGUUUUUUUUUUUUCCAAUUCAGUGCUUUACCAAUUUUUGAUGCAAAAGUUCAAGAAAAUAAUUUUGCUUUUUAUGGUUGUUUCAUAUAAAUUUGGUGCUUCUUUCUGAAUGAAGAUGACUUGUACAACUAAAAAGCAAGCGAGUAAAUUAUUUUAAAAAGUCACUCCUCUUGUAUUAGGGACAAUACAGUGAUCCCUAGAACCAUGUGUAUGUUUGUGUUUUAUGAAAUUAAUAUAGUUGCAAUUUCAUGUGUUUCUAAAUUGUCAGACCUUGAAAUUGAGGACAUGGAAAAUUCCAUAUAUGUAGUUUUAGUAAUCACCGUAUACGUUAAUAUUGGUUGAGAGCAGGUAAUAUUAUUUUGUAUAAUAAUAACUGAUUAUUUCAAUCCAGAAAAUAAUCUGAAACACUGGUAAAAAUGUUCAAAUCUACACACAAAUAUAGUUUAAAAUAAUGGAUAGAUCCUUUUCAGUUCAUUUCAUUUAGAAAUGAAUUUGCUUAGCCUUUUGGGAAAGUCUGCUCACUUUAACCCACAAGAAUUUACUAUGUCCUAUUCUUUUUUUAAAAAUAUUUAUUUAUUUAUUCCCUUUUGUUGCCCUUCUAUGUCCUAUUCUUAAUCAUACCAUAUCAGUACCCUUAUGUUAGCUCUAUUGAGUCACAUUUUCAGCAGUUUUUAAAAUAUAAAUAUGAUAGUAAGUCUUUGGAAAACAGGAUUUUAUUGCAUUAAAGUUCACAUGAAACAUCACAAUUGCUUAACCCUGAAUUAUUUAUAUGAGUGCUAGGAAUGUUUGCACAUCAUAUUCCAAUAGAUUUAGAAUAUUUUCUCAUUUUUUAGUUCCUGUAAUAUGCCAGUUAUUUGCUUUCUACUAUUUUGUGAAGUUAAGCAUUAGGAACAAUUCUUGAGGGAGCCAGGCAGUAGCACAGUUGGUUAAGCGCACAUGGUGCAAAGCACACGGACCAGCGUAAAAAUAAUUCUUUGUUCAUGUUUCACUUUUAAUUUUUCACAUGCAAGAAAUACAUGCACCCUUUAAUGUGGUGCUUAUGGUAGCAAUGUUCCCAUUGAACUCAUUUGCUCUAGAGUUAGGAGAUGUGAGUAGGAUUUUGCAUAAGGUUAAAUUUUAGGAACAUGAUUAAUUUCAAAAUUUUUUACAUUUUUGCAGAUAUGGUAAUUUCAGACUGCUUUAAAUUGCAUAUUAAAAUGUGAACAGUCAUUAAAAUAUUAAUGAAGUGAUCAGAUAAUAAAUGAAUAUAACCUGAAUUAGUUCGAAAUUGCAUUAAGGACCUUAAAAGUAAAAACUGAGGUACUGAGUGGUGGCACACCUGGUAGAGCUUACACAGUCUUAUGCUCAAGGACCAUGGUCCAAGCCCUGUCCCCUAUUCACAGGGGAGAAGCUUUGGGAGCAGUAGAGCUGUGCAACAAGUGUCUCUGUUUCUUUCUAUCCCCCUUCCAUCUAAAUUUCUCUCUCUACCCAAUAAAUAAAAUAUUUUAAAAAUAUGGCUAAAGGAGAAGUAAAAGCAGUUCAUUCAACUAAUCUAACAUGCAGAAUAUCAUUUUGAUUUAGGGGUUUGACUUGAUGAUACAGUUUAUUUAAGAAUAUUUAGUAUUAAGAGGAAAAUUCCUUGACUCCCACCAAAAAUGUGGCCUUUUCCCACCCUGUUGUUUUUUAAAAUACAUGUUCACAUGUAAUAUGUUUCCUGCAUUUAAUCUGUAAAUAACUUAUGAAAGCAUUAUUCUGUGAAAAACAAGUGAGAGGAUGUCAUUCUCUUUCCAGGUUAAAGAUGUGUCUAGAAUUUUUCUAUAGAAAAUACUUUGUAUGUCUAAUUGUUUUUAGCAUAAGAUCUAUAGAUAGGUGUUUCAAAUGUCAAAGAUAGGAAAUAUCCCUCUGGAUUUGAUUCUGAUAUUUUGUAUUUUUAAGACUACUAUAUGCUUGCAGAAACUUAUUGAGAAGCUCUUAUAAAAAUGUGAAGCAUGGCUAAAUAGCUAAAAGUAUUGAAUCUUUGCAAAUGUAUAGUAUUUAUUGUACAACAGACUGCAAGUAUACUAAAUGUUGGCUGUUGAUAAACACUAACUUGUAUUUCACAGAAAAUAGAUGUUAUAUUGCUUGGUUAGUCUAGUACAUUUCUAAUUUUUGUGCUUUCAUAUCUCUGAAGAGAUAAUAUGAAAUAUUUUGAAAUACUGCAAAGUGAUAUAUAUAAUUAGAAGAUAUAUUUCUGUACAGUAGAGGAAAAAUUUAUAACAUUAAGAAUAUUCACCAUUAUACAUAUUCACGCUCAAUCUCAUAAGAAAUGCAAACAAAUCUUGAUAGAAGUAAAAAUACCUGUCUUUAAAUCAGGUUUAGUUCUCAGUUCAGAAGUCAUUUUGUAGUAUCUCAUGUUGAAUUUAGGUUUUGAAACUAAUUUUUUUUCAGUUUCAAAGCUAAAAUAAAAUUCACAACUCAGGCACUACUACAGAAAUUCUAAGAUAAUUACUAAUUAUUAAUAUAACCAUAAUUAAUGAUAAUUAUUAUUUUCAUAUUUAAUCAUGUUAAAUUCUCUACUUUGCUUCUCUCCACACAUUAAUCUGAGCAAAAGUAUGACCUGUUCGGAAAAACAAAUAAUAUUAUUAUAUCAGAGUUACUUAAAAAAAUAUUUUUAGUAAGUAAAUUUCACUGAGUGGUCAAAAUCGGCUGAACCUGAUGGGUAGAGACCAUUUGGUUCAUUGUUUAAUGUUAAAUUUCCCAAGUUUAUAGUAGAGAUCUGGGAGAGUUGAUAGUCAGCUAGCUAGAUCAAACUUCUUGGUUAAGGUCUUCUGAAAACUGAGUCUCUUUUAAAAGCUUUGUAUUCUAGCUUGAAAGUUGCAGGAAAUGCAUGAUGAUGCUUGGUCUUAGUUUCAUCUGUAGAAUUUUUGUGUUUUAUUUGCCAUAAAUGGCAGUCCUUUCUUAUGGGAAUAAUUUUGAAGGUUUCUGUUUUAUUUCUGCUUAGGAAAUCUCUUCCUUUUUCUUUUGGGGCAUAUGUGUUAAUAUCAUUUUGUCUAGAGUUCAAAAUAUUUGAUACCUAGAUGCAGUUGUAGAGUAAAAUGGCCUGGGUGAAUGUAGGAUAAAUUGAAUGUGUACACAUUCUGACUUGUUUCAACUUUGGAUUCUGUACUGUUUAUUACACUAACAGAUUUGUGUGGGUUUUCUCAUGGGGGACAGGGAGUUCUGUCGUUCUUCCUUCCCUGUUCUAGUUUUCCAGCCCACCUAGCAGAUUGUGAUUGAGGACUAACUGUAUUUUUAGAAUUUCUUUAUUAAUGAAAUUAAUAAUAAUAUAAAUAUGAAUGCCUGGACAUACCCAGAUAUGCCUUAAUUAAUGUAAAUGGUUUUCACUCUGAAGUUUAGAAUUUUACUAAUUUUAAGUUUAGAAUCCCUCAUAAGAUCUUGUCAUGAGCAUUCCAAACCAUGAGUAUUAGUUAUUUCAAUAAAAUUUACUUUGGUGCUUUUUCAUUUUGGAGACAUUUCCAUUUGUGUCAGUAACAUCAGUUCAUAAGAAAGUGUUCUAGCCACAUAUUCAGCAAUGUGCUGUAUUUGACAAAUACUAUUUAAAGGAUUAACUAUGCUUAUUGUUAUAAUUAUGAUCUUUCUUGAUAGUCCUACAAGCUAUAAUUUUCAUCUUAAAUAUUUUAGUUGCAAGUAAACUUUACAUGUGUUUUAUUUCUUAUUUUUAAAUACAGAUGGACGCAGAAAUGAAAUUCCAUUAGGAAAUUUAUUCAGAAGUUCAAUUGUAUAUAGUUGGAGAAAUAAGAGAUUGACUUGAAAAACUUUUAUUUCAGAAGUUUAUUAAAAACAGUUAAAAAGCAUUGUUCCUCUCCCCUAUUGCUUACUGUUUCUUGUCUUUUUUUGAACUUACUGUUUUAGUGAUUUGUAAAUUAAUAUGCUUGUUUUAUUGAAUAAAAAUUUUCAGGUAGGGGAUACAAUUGUUGCUUUUUUAUAUAAUUUCAUUUAUGUCUAGAAGUGGGGUAGGGGAGGGAGAAAGAGAAAGAAAGAAGGAGGAGUAGAGAGAGAGAGAGAGAGAAAUUGUCUGACUCAGGAAGGCAUCUUGUUAAAGAAGUACCAACACUGGUUCCUUAGAGACACCUUUAAAUAAUGAGAGUGCUGGAGUCCAUUAACUCUGACUUCUAGAGCAAGCGGGUCACCUUGUACUCUACACAAUUUUAAUAAGCGUACAUUUUCAUAAAUAACUAUACAUCUUACUUUCCAUCAUUUUGAAGUUGUUUAGAAAACUGAGCAAUUGGAUAUCUGCUCUGUUAUACACAUUGUAACUGAAUAUUUAUUUUUCAUAUAAUUUUAUUGGAGGAAAUCAUGGUUUUCAGAACAGUUGUUGACACAAAGGCACAACCUUUCAUUUCUCCAAAUGCAUGAAUCUUUAAACCCGUUUCAGGAAAUACCAGUUCCAUUUCUGUUUGUUCCAGGUUCUUUAGUCAAUAAUUUCUUUGGGCUCUUUCAUAACUAUAUUAAAAAGUCAUAAAAUGAUAAAGUGUAUUUUUAAAUGACAUGAAAGGAAAGGCAUCAAUGCUUAUUAGGCUAAAAGACCUUUUCUAAAAUACCAAACCCUAUGAAGAUGUUUUUAAGAAAUGAUGUUUCUCAUAUUUUCAUUUUGAUUUAGUUGUUGGUGAACAGUGACUCAUGCAUGUACAAUGCAAUGUAUAAAUGCAUGUAAAUUGCUGUUUCUAGGAUGCUUUUGUACUAAGAUAGUGAGAGAGAAGCAGAAAAAAAACAGCACCAGGGAAGCCCCAAUGCCAUGACAUCUCCCUGAAAGCAUUGGGAUUCAAAUCUGAACAUGGCAAGGCACACAGCUUACCCAAUAAACUCUCUCUCCAGUACUUUUUUUUUUGUAGUCGAGUUUGUGGAACAGUUUUACAUUAAUUAGUUUUGGGCUUUAAGAAAUGUUUUAGGGAGUCAGGCAGUAACAGCGGGUUAAGCACACGUGGCGCAAAGCUCAAGGACCAGCAUAAGGAUCCCCAUUGAGCCCCUGGUUCUCCACCUGCAGGGGAGUCACUUCACAGGCGGUGAAGCAGGUCUGCAGGUGUCGUCUUUCUCACCCCCUCUCUGUCUUCCCUUCCUCUCCAUUUCUCUAUGUCCUAUCCGAUAGUGACGAUAUCAAUGACAACAACUACAACAAUAAAACGAGGGCAACAAAAGGGAAUAAAUAAAUAAAUAUAAAAAAAUUAAUGUUUUAAAUUCUAUACUCUGAUCAAAGAACAAUUGUUUUCCAGUGCUGAUGAGUUUAAUUUUUGUGAAGGAAACAUAAAGCAAAAGAUGAGGAAACAGUACCAAAUUCACUACAGAAAUAAAAAGGUGCAACUGCCAUAAUUAUUAGAAGCAGAUGAGGAAUGACCUAUAAAAACUUCUUUGUAGGGAUAUGUUUUGAGAAUCAUGAGUUUUGGAGUCCUAGUGUGUGAUGGUGGGAAAGGACUUAAAUUGGGGGUGAGAGUGUUUUACAAAUAUCUAUGAUGGAGAGAUGAAAAAUCAUACUUAGGCCUCUCCAACCAAUUGCACUGUAAACCACUUCUCCCCCACCCCCCAAAAAAAGAUCUUAAAAAAAGAAUCAGCUCACUAUUACUUGUACUGAGGAAUUUGCAUUGGUAUAGACAGUCUCAUUAAAACUCUCAUUUGAACUGAUCCUACUUACUCCACAAUGCAACUUUUCAGUACACUGUCAAUAGUAGUCAAAUGGUCAGAUACCAAGUUUAAUUCCUAUGCUAUGUAUCAACCGUUAACUAACAAGUUAAAUUGAGGAACUUGCUACAGUGAAACUCAAGAUAGGUCCCUUAUAAAAGAAGCAGUUGUUUCUUACACUAUCAAGAGGUUGGGCACUACAAUUAAGAGAAACAAACAAGAGCAAAGUGCUAAAUUCUUUGACAAGUAUCCCCCUCCCCCACCAAACACAUACAAAGGGGCUUGUAUUUGCUCAUCAGUAAAACAUCAGCUCUUUAGUCUUAUCUAAGAAAUUAGGCAGCAAGCUUCAUCUAGUCAUUAAUUCAAUCUGGAAACUAUUGUGUCCUUGUAUUUUAAGUAUUUGAGGGAAAUGUAUGACUUACUUAAGCACUGAUUCUCCAGCAGCUGCUGUCCUCUGUAUUCUACUGCAGUGUGAAUUACAGAAUGCUGUGCAUGUCUGUUAGUACCAAUACCAUGUGUAUGUGGUAGGAGUUGUAACCAGUUUCUGGAUCUGUAUGGUACUAUGAAACACAUAUUUUAUAAUUCUGUAACUGUAUGGCAGUGUUAUGCCAAAAAUGUAUAAAGAGCAAUAGUUUCUGUUGCUUACUGCUGUAUUUCAAAAUAUUGUUUCUAAAUGAAUAUAUUUAGAGUUCCUUUAGAGUAAAUAUUUUUAUUAACAAUUGCCAACUAUACAUCCUGUACAAUGAAUAAAAGCCACUUCAGUGUAGUUAACAUUUCCCCAUUGUGUUAGAGUAUAUUGUGUUGUUUUUGCAUGAUUAAAAUACUCUUAAAGAGCUGGAACAAAUGACUUUCUGUUUUACUAUUUUCAGACAUAUAUUUGUAUGAUUAUCUAAUAAGAUCAGUGUUUUAUUUUGGUUUUUGUCCUCUAAAUAUUUUAUUUUGAAGGAUGACAUUUUAUUUACACAUAGACCUGUUUUUGUUGAGAGAUUUUUGAAGAUGGACAUGUAAAUAAGCCAUAAAUAUUUGGGUAUUUAUUGUUUCCCCUUUUCUCUGCUGUUGGUAUUUAAAGGCAUAUUUAAUACAGAUAAAUGAAAAUAACUAAUGGAGAUGAGAUGUUUUCAUUUAAUAUGGCUAGUCCUUUUGAAAAAUCAGUUUUUGGACUAAAAAAAUGCAGUUGUGAGGUGAAAGUGAACAGGUUGUUCUAGAUAUAGGACUGUAUAAAUAAAGAUGAGGAAAAUGUAACAUU